UUGAUUACUUAGUGUCGAUUGGAAUGCGGCAUAUGAUUGAGGAUCUUCUUUACAAGUACAAAGUAGACCUAGCGUUAUGGGCUCACUACCACAGCUAUGAGCGAACUUGUCCAGUAUACAAGGGAAAAUGCCAACAUGGUGCACCGGUCCAUAUCGUGGUUGGAACAGGAGGGAAAGAGCUUGAUCUAGCAAAUUACUUGAAGAUGGAUUGGUCAAUGUUUCAUAUGARUGAUUAUGGCUAUGGGCGUGUCACUGCUUAUAAUCACACCACGUUGCUAUGGCAGUGGAUACGUGCAAACGAUACAACUUUGCUGGACCAGGUUUUGUUGCAAAAGUGA